CAAAGUUAGAUAAUAAUAAAUUGGAAUAAUAUCAGGCUCGGAAGUGAUUGCCGGUCGUGGUAGCAGAUUGGGAUUUCACUAACGUUAUACCAAAACAAGUUAUUUUGUGCUUCGUGUGUGUAUUGUAAAGAACAUUCUCAACCUUGCGUUAAAAAUGUUGGCUGUUCGUGGGGCACUUUUUUCCACUGCAAAGAACUGCAGCGCUGUGUUGGGAUGUCGAAGCAAGCAUACUCUCCCGGACUUGCCGUACGAUUUCGGAGCACUCGAACCGGUCAUUUGCCGUGAAAUCAUGGAGCUUCAUCAUCAGAAGCAUCACAAUGCGUACGUCACGAAUCUGAAUGCUGCUGAGGAACAGCUGCAGGAUGCUGUAGCCAAGAAGGAUGUCUCGAAGAUCAUUCAGCUUGGCAACGCGAUCAAGUUUAACGGAGGUGGUCACAUCAAUCAUUCGAUCUUCUGGAAGAAUCUGUCUCCGGACCGUAGCGAUCCGUCCGCAGAUCUGCAAAAAGCACUGAAUCGUGAUUUCCAGAGCAUGGAUAAUUUCAAAAAGGAAAUGAAAGCUGCCGCAGUUGCUGUGCAAGGAUCUGGAUGGGCAUGGUUGGGUUACAAUAAGAAGACAAAACUGCUUCAAAUUGCCGCUUGCCCGAAUCAGGAUCCAUUGGAAGCAACCACCGGACUUGUCCCACUAUUGGGUAUCGAUGUGUGGGAGCACGCCUACUAUCUUCAGUACAAAAACCUAAGACCCAACUACGUUGAUGCCGUAUUCGACGUCGUCAACUGGAAGGAUGUCUCCGAGCGACUGGCAAAAGCCCAAUAAGAAUAACCGCCGCAGUACCUUGCGGCACAAUUCGAAUGAUCGAAACCGGAGAAUUGUACGUAUAAUGGAUGUUUUUAAAAACAAACGUAUCUACAACUAUGCGCAUGUUUUGUAGUGGAUCAAAAAGCCGGUAGCUAUUCGAAAUAAAUAUAUCAGCUUUAUCGCUCCCUAUGCCUUUACGAAAUGUAA